UGCAUCAUGUUCAUCACCAUAGCCGCGUCAUCUGAUAAAUAAAUAGAGAUCACAUUCCAUUUUCUCCUAUCUUCAUAUUCACUGUACGAAGCAUUUCAUUAUCUGGUGUUUCCUCAUUUUUCUUUCUGCAAUGGACGAGGAUUCAACAACAAACCACGAGGUGGUAUUAGAUGUAAACAAGGAUGUCUCUAGAACAACUGAAGACUCACGCUCCUUUCUCAAUGUUUCUUUCUUGCAAAAGUUGGUGGCUGAGGUGGUGGGCACGUAUUUCUUGAUAUUCGCAGGGUGUGCUGCAGUGGUUGUAAACAAGAACAACGACAACGUGGUAACACUUCCUGGGAUAUCAAUUGUUUGGGGACUAGUCGUGAUGGUGCUGGUUUACUCGGUUGGCCACAUCUCUGGUGCCCAUUUCAAUCCUGCUGUCACCAUUGCCUUUGCCUCAACCAAAAGGUUUCCCUGGAAGCAGGUACCAGUUUAUGUAGUAGCACAGGUUGUUGGAUCCACACUUGCAAGUGGGACUCUCAGACUAAUAUUCAGUGGCAAUGAGAACCAGUUUUCAGGAACACUUCCAUCUGGGACUCACGCCCAAGCUUUUGCGGUUGAAUUCAUUAUCACGUUUUUCCUUAUGUUUGUCAUAUCUGGGGUGGCCACCGAUAACAGAGCGAUCGGUGAGUUGGCUGGGAUUGCCGUUGGGGCCACUGUGCUGUUGAAUGUGUUGUUUGCAGGACCAAUCACAGGAGCAUCAAUGAACCCAGCAAGAAGCUUAGGCCCUGCAUUAGUGCACAACGAAUUCAAAGGAAUAUGGAUAUAUUUAGUGUCUCCAACAUCUGGGGCUGUGGUUGGUGCAUGGGUUUAUAACAGUAUUCGUUACACAGAUAAGCCACUGCGUGAGAUCACCCAAAGUGCCUCUUUCCUCAAAGGAAAAGGGCAUAGUGGUGGCUCUAGAUGAUUUUCAGGUGUGGUUUAAAGGAGUAACUUUUGCAGAUUUAGUUCUCACCAAUUUUAAUUAUCUUCAAGAUCAUGUAUCAGAACCAUGUAAAGGGAGGAGAUACUUGUAUACCUUUUUCUCUGUUCUUCGUUUUACAGUGUCAAUGUAAUGUAACAAUUCAUCAAGUUUAGGUUAUUAUUAUGAAUAUACUGAACUUUCUUACUA